AUGUCGCCAUUCUACGGUUAUGGUCCUCUUGGCUUAGGACGCCACCAAGAACCGGGUGCGGUGUCCUGCUUCGCAGCUUCAAAACCCCCACUGGGUGCAGGUUACUACAUAUCUCUGAGUGGAUGCGUUGCUCCCGGUGACGGUAAUCACGAGCUGGGGACCUUCUCCGGAACCGGUGGUGCGUACGUAGAGGAUGCUGUCGAAGUCCGUGGCGAAGCCAAGAUCACCCGGGCUUGCUCGUCCAGUGUCUAUAUAAGAAUACUCGCCCGCUCUCUGGGAAAGCCUUUCUUUCUCGACAACAUCUUCCUCUUCAUUUCUCUCCAGCGACCAGGCAUUCCAUCGAACAACACAUCCAGUCCUUCAUUCGCUAUGUUGGUCAACAUCGGCAAUCGUUUUACGGAGGCUGUGAUGUCCACAACUACAACCCAAGCCGUGCUUUUUGGUUCAGGGCAGGACGUUCUACGGUGUGCGAGGGCCCUCCAAGCUGUAAUUGAGGCUGCUACAGGCAGCUGCCGCAUGGAACUAUCAGGAGCGGAGGAAACCAUAGACUCGGCCAUUUCCUUCUGCCCCGCAAAAGAGCAAGCUGGACUCAACCCACAAACUCACAAUCCUGGCUGGCAGUCACUCCAUACAGCCUUCAACGACGUCGAGAAGUCCUACAAUACUAUCCGGGAUCUCAAUCUCGGGUCGCCAAUUGAUCUCCCACGGGUAACAGCACGAUUUCAGUCGCCACAAGGAACCAUUCUAUUUAUGGGAGAUCGAGAAGAAAGGACAUCUGCAACACCUCCUGACGCCAGCGAUACAACGAGUCCGUGCAGUUCGGAAGCUGCGUCUUUCUCACAACUGUCGACAUCCGAAACCAUACCAUGUGGCAGUCCUUUCCACGGUUGCGGCACGGCAGCCCAAGGCAGCGUGGAGACUGGAUGCAGACCUCAACGAAUGAUCGAGAAUGGCCGUGACGAGUAUGGCCAUGAUCAUGGGAGCGAGUGGAACCCCGUGCUAGUCGACGACAGUGAUGACGACGUCGAUAACACGGUCGCCCCAGGAAGCCGGCGGAAUCCUGUGCUCAUAAGCGACGACAGUGGCGUGUACGUCGACAACACGGCUUCGCUGCACCAGCCCACAAUGAAGAGCAAGCCAGUCCACCAAAUCCAGCAAGGAAUUACGCAUUCGAGAGUCACGCAUCACCACGAAACUCAGUCUCAGUGUCCACGAAGACCCCAACAACGCCGAGGGGCUUGCACAACAUCUGACAAGUCCGUAGCCAAGAACUCUGCUCAUCAUACAACAACUCGGAAUAAUCAGCCAGAGCCUCGGAUUUCCUCUCACAUACCGACGGGACAGCAUAUAAACCAGAUCAUGGAAGGUUGUCAGGGCAGCGGAGGUUCUCAAGACGGCAAUCAGGAGACUUCGGCUAACAGCGUCUUGAAAUGUAUCGCAUGUGGGUUGCCAACCGAGCAUCGGCCAGAUUCCUGUGAGUACCCUACUACGCCUACUCUGUUCAAACUUAGCAUGUGGUUGCUGAUUCUCCAAAGGCUGCGUGCUUUGUGA